AUGAGGCGGCUCACGAAGAUACUGAUUGCUGUUGGGAUUGCGGUGGUAUUAGUGGCAGUUUUGGUUCUCACUCUGGUAAUUGUUUUGAGGAAGGAAGAAUGGAUUGUCCUUGAAAAAAGCUUCUCUUCCCUCAACGACCAUUGCACACAAGAUUGGAGCGGCAACAGCGACUGGCGCCGACGCCGAUGCAAAAUGCCCCUUAUUUGUGCCCCAGCUAACGACCAGAAGACAGGUUAUUGCCGGUUGCCAUGGAGCGAGGGGGAGGGCAAGAGCUGCGCUGCAUCUGUGCAUUUGUGCUCUACGGGCCUCACCUGCGACCCCUACCUGAAAAUCUGUCGGCGGCUCAUUAGUGUGGGCGGCAGCUGUACUGAGCAGAAUGCGUUCAUGUGCGAGUCGGGUAUAUGUGGCUACGCUGCCACACAAACGGCCCAGGGGGAGCCCCUGGGGGGCCGCCAUUCUCUGUCUAGGUACUGCAUCGUUAAGGACCUUCCCCCAGGGGCUGCAUGCGACCGCUUCCGCCACUGCGUUACCGACUGCCUGCAGUGCGUCCAGGGCAUUUGCAAGCCCGUGCCUUCCCCCCUAGACCAUCAGCAGAUGCUUUUGGAGCAGCAGAAGGAACUAAUGCUGCCUCUAGCCGUCAAUGGGUUUAGCGCAGAGAACCAGCAAACCGAAGUAGCAGCGGCAGACACGCAGCAGCAAGUCACAAGGAACCUGCAGCGCACCAGGGGAGCGAUGGUAGCAGCUGUCGGGAACGAGGCAGCGCAGGAUCGCGACUCCAUGUCGAAGCGGCAGCAGCUUGCGGCUUCAGCAGCAGCAUCUUCAAAUGCAAACAGAGUGUUAGAUGAACAAGCCGUCCGUCAGGCUUGGGAGCAAAGAGCAGCAGAAGCCUCAGCUCUUCUGGGUGAGACCGUCACAGCUGAGGACUUGGCGUCUUUCUUCUCUGUUCCCCGCAACGAGAGCGGGGAGCCCCUAGAGCCACAAGAAGCACUAGAAAAGGAACAGAACGAGACACAUGCUGAAAAUGAGGAAGGGAUCACGGGCCAGCAAGCACUGUGGGGCCCCAGGUCCCAGUAUCAAGCACUGCAGCACCCAGCAGCAGGAAGAGGGACAAUUAUUGACAGGCCGCAGCCACGCCCGCUACUCAACGGCUCCCUUGCCAAAAGGCUCGCGCGGCUGUUCACUGGCGUGUCGUAUGCAUUCACUCCUGAAGAUCAGCAGCAGCAAAUGAGCUUAAUGCAUACACUGGGGGCCCCCGCCUUUGGCUUUCCUUCUGCGCUGCCGCCGCAGCUGUCACACAGCUUGGCUCCUUCCCCUAUUACCACGGGAGGAAUAAAACCCCCCCUAUCGCAGCAUGACGUGUUCGGGACAUCUUCAUUUGGGAGUCCGGCGGCGGGCACCCCGUCUCUGUCUCUGCAGCAGCAGGAGCAGCUGUCAGCGCAGCUGCAACAACUGCAGCAAUUGCAGCAACCGCAGCCGUUCACGUCUUUCGACUCAUCACUAGAAGCAAUGGAAGCUGCUGGGAUGAAAGGCGAAGCAGCACGGCGAGAGCGCGGCAGCUCUGAGGAGGAGGGAGAGGCUCUUGAAGGCUUGGUGUACCCGGGCAUGCAAAACCCUCUUCUCAAUCCUCUGCAGCUUCUAGGGUUUCAACCAAGGCAGCCCACUGGACCACUGCCCCCACCUCUAGGAGCCUCACCCGCACUUAACAUGCAGAGGCAGCCCAUGCCUCCCCGCCUGCCUGGAGUUGUACCUCCUCCGCUGGGUCAUGUUUCUCCGGGCCCUCUUCCACCCCUCAGCAGCGUGCCUUUGGGCGCUUCCGCAUUGGGCGGUACACUCCCGCCACUGCCACUUCACCCAAAAGUGCAGACGCAGCUGCUGCCUUCAGUGCCCUACGCUCCAAACGUGGGGCCCCUCAAUGGCCUACCUAGCCGACUGCCCACGGAUUUCAAAGGCGGCUGUUGGCUGGACCGCUGCUGUGCCUCGCACCACUACUGCUCCUUCCUGCACGCAUCUCAGGGCUGCCAGGCUCGGAAACGUGAAGGCGCGACCUGCGUGGGCGACAGUGCGCGAGAGUGCGAGGACCGUUUGUCUUGCGUAAACGGAGAAUGCAGUCCCUGGUUUACCUCUCGACAUGCCUCAGCUGGGGACCCUAUUGUGCUGACAGACAACGUGGAUCUAGAUAGCGUCUGUGCUCCCUGGCAACGCUUCGAGUACAGCACAAGCGGCCACUCCUCCCAUCUCCCAGGGGGAAUGCCGCCACAGCUGGCGCUGCCUUCUCCCCUGGAAACUCCCAAUCCCUACGGCAACAAUCUGGGGAGAGACAUAGUGCGCACAUUCCGCAAGUUCUCCGGGCGUUGCGUGCCUCUCGAUAAGCGCAGCUGCGUGACAGACAGGGAAUGUUGGGGAGUGGGAGGGUUCGGCUUCUGCGACGUUCGCAGCAAACGGUGUCGCACGCCAUCCUAUCCUGCAUGUCUGUCAAUUCUUAAGGACUUAUACUCUUGUCUGUGGCACGAGGGAAGGUUGAGGGAAACCACAGACGAAUAUAUUGUCACGCACGUGCCCAGAACCCCUCAGUUCAUUCUACAUGAGGCACCAGCCAGCGUUAAUCACGUGCAAAGCAAGUGUAUUCCUUCAGUUGUAAGGGCAAAGAGGGCGGAAUUUGUCAAAUGCGUUCAUGAACAAGGUUUUACGCUGGAGAGGAUCGUCUACGUGCCGGAUGAAUGGUUCCAGGGAUAA